GCCAAACAUCUGGACUAAGUUGCUGUCAGGAAGUUCUCAUCUGCUGUUGGCUUUGCAGGCGAUGGUGCCUGGGAAGGUGGAGGAUGGGGUGAGCUGCUUGCCGAGGACACCCAGGCACAACCAGACCCUGGCAGACUUUGUAGCCUCCAGACAGCCUGUUGCAUCCGUUCUGAGGAAACACGAGUCUCCGACGUCAGCAUCUGUCUAUGCUUCGCUUCUACCCACGCUGAGGGAGACCCAGUGAGGCCCCAGCACUGGGGCUCCUGAACAGCCUGAACCUUGAGGCUUCUCCUCCUGCUUCCAGAACGCAUUGGAUCGAUCGCCAGGAGCACAGAAACAGCGGAAGCAGCCAGGAGGAGAAUGAAGAGAAAAACCUAAAAUGUUUAAUAUUCAAAAACACCCGUGUUGCUGGUUGAUGUAGAGAACACUGAGCUCAAUCAAGAGCUUUGUAUUUGUUGCACUAAUUUGUUUUGUCUUCUGGGCCAGCCAAGGAGGGAUCAGUAUGUAUCCGGGUCAUGGAGGGAAUGUACAGGAGGGCCUCCGGGCCAUUUUGCUUGGCUCUGAUGCACCCUUACUCUCCAGUGAAGCAGAAAGGAAACAUCACACCACCCAGGUGUGGCCGGCCUUUGACCAUUAUUGCAAAUCCCCAAGAGUCACCACAGUCCCUUGCCAAGUACACUUCUAGCCUUAGAGACUUUUGGAAAGGAAAGCUGUAAAGAAGAGACAGGAUGAGGCGGGAAGAGGAGGAAGGAGAGGGAACCAGGAUAAAGGCAAAAGGGGACUUAGAAGUGAAGGAGGAGGAGAUCAGUGAGAUGGGAGGACCGGUCGGCCCUUUUGCGGGUACCACACCCACCCCGAUGCCCCACAACAAGGGGACUUGGUUUUCCGAGGCCUGGGAGUAUUUCCCCCUGGCCCCUGCCUGUGCUGGACACCACCCCAACCCAUACACCACCUGCCGCCUGUGUGGCUGGCAGGUGGGCCGUGGCCCUGGGGUUAACUUGGGCACCACAGCCCUGUGGAAGCAUCUGAAAAGCAUGCACAAAGAGGAGCUGGAGAAGGGUGGCCAUGGUCAGGCCGGGCAGCACCAGGACCCCAGGCUUCAAGGGCCGCAGCUCCCCACAGGCAUUGAGGGUGACUGGGCCAGGAUCCUGGAGCAGGCCAGCCAAAGAGAAAAGGAAGUACUUAGGAGGGAGAGGGCAGUGGAAAGGAGAGAGCGAGCCCUGGACGAGGUGGAAAGGGCCAUCCUGGAGAUGAGGUGGAAGGUGAGGGCUGAGAAGAAGGCCUGCCAGAGGGACAAAGACCAGCCCGCAGCAGCUCAUCCCUUCCAUUUUGUUUAAACGGGGCUUGGGGGAUUCUAUUCUGAAAACACUGAGUUUAGAUCCAUAGCAAAGAAGGCCAUUUUAGUUCCAGCUCUAAUAUAUAGCAAAGUGGCUUAGUGGGAUUUUGUUUUUAACAGAAAGAGAGCAUAGUGUGGUUAAUCUCAGCAGGUCUGAAUUGGCCAAAUGCUUGCCUAUAAAGUUCCUUAGAGCUGUAUUCAUCAAAACUUUAAAAUAUACUAACUAAAGAGAAAUGUCGGUUUGCCACCAUGGAUCUGUGGGUUAUUUGGGGGCAGAAUGUACCAGGCUGUCAGCACUGAUGAGUGAAAAUAAUGGGAUUUAUGCCUAGCACUUGGUUUUGGUGGAAUUGAAGGUUUUGAUGGUUGAGGCUGGUUGGGUGGCUGGAAUAUGCCUAUGCGACCAGCUCACUCUUGAGAGCCCACCAUGAACACAGAUUAGGCUUCCCGGGAGAGAGGUGUUUGCACACAUGCUGGUGUUGAUUUGAGAACUGGAUACAAAGCUUGUUCUGUGGGACCCAGCAGUGGAAGGACAAAGAAACCUGAGCCUGAGAUCUCCAGACUCUUCUGAUGUAUAUCUUUCUCCCAUUA